CUCGCUCUCGCAUUAGUUGUCGGAUAAACUCUCGGACCGAUCGUGACCAGGCUGUCCAGUCUUCAGUUCGUACCAGUUUCGGACAGGAAUAACGUCGACACGAUUUAAGAAUGGACUCGAUAUAUGUUUUUGUCAUCAUCGCCGCCAUGGCAACUCUCGGACAUGCGCAGUUUUCACCAACAUUGACGGUGAACAGCUGUACAGCCAGCAAGCUCCAGUUGACGUUAGACAACGCCGCGGACGGCGGGAUCAUCUACAUCCAGGGACAGACAUCCGCUUGUAAACAGACAACCAGUUCUUCGUCUACCGUACACGAGUUCGACUUCGCCUCAUGUGGUAUAUCGUGGGCGAGUUCGUUUAAGAUGAUCGUCCAGAAGAAGGCGCUGUAUCAGACCGGGGACGACAAACAGAUCCCGAUCAUGUGUAUCAUGGAUCUCGCAGACCUGACUGUCGCCAACAAUGUCAACGCCUUGGACAAAGAUGAUGAUGCUGGUCAGAAUUUGACCGUGAAGCCGACAGCUUCCAUGAAGCUGUACCGAUCUGGAAUAGACAUCGCAGGCAGCAGUGUCCAGCUUACAGACUCCCUUACGAUGAGUAUCGAACUAGACGCCGAGUUUCAGGCUGACUUCGAUAUCAUCGCUAAGGAUUGUACAGCGUCAACCAUAUCCAUCAUAGAAUCGGCAUGCGCUGCUGACACCGACUUGUUUCCGGAGUUUACCAAACCCGCCCAGGGUUACCUUGCCAACAGCUUUGGGGCCUUCCGAACGACUGACCUAAACGGGGGAUCUGUUGCCAUGACGUUCUCGUGCACGUUGACCGUGUGUGCAGGGUCAUGCGCAGCGACCACCUGUCCCAGUGGUGACGGUUAUGGACGUAAAAAGCGAGGAAUCUCGAAGAGACAAGCCAACCCCUCUCCCGCCAUUGAUGACAUCAGCGUUGGUACCACCGUUACCAUAGCAGCAGAAGAGGUCAUCCUUCAAACUCCUGACGAUGAUACAGAUGUCUGUAUGAACAGAGCAGGAUUCAUCGCUGGUCUCAUCAUUACCAUCCUCGCCCUUAUCGUCGUCAUGGCAAUCGCCGUCUACAUGAGUAGAAAAUAUCAGGAGAAGAAAGGCGCUCUCAACAAACUCAACGGUGGAAUGACGUCAGUCGCUAUGGGAUGAACUUUGACCCCUGACCCUUGACUUGUUAUAAUUUUACCAGGAUUUCGGUAUAAAUCUGUGAAGCUUGUAAGAUCACAUUAAAGCAACGUAAUGACUUUC